GCUGCGGCUGCUCCAUGGAGGCACGUGUUUAUUGCGCAUGCUCACGCGGAGGAUCGAUUCCUGAUUUUGCUGAGCGUCGAGAGGGAGUGCGAUCGUCUGCUGACUCUGAGACCAAGUAUAGAGUUAAUACAGAAACGGACACACUCAAAUAUGACUGACCGUGCCAAGGAGGAGGAAGAGAAAAGAAAGCUCAGACUGCACAGGGCACAAGCAGCAGUUAUGUGUGACAAGAAGAGAGAAAAGGUGUAUAAAUUGUCAGAAUUACGACGAGCUCAAGUAAUUUUGGAACCGGAUGAUUCUGACUCCAAGGAAGAGAAUCCUCCUCCAGAAAGUUCAUCAAAAGGAUCCUGGACUUUGGCCAAGAUUGGUCUGUCUGUACUCGGUGGAGUGGUCGUGGUGGCGGCCACACCAGUCGUGCUGGGUGCCGUGGGAUUUGCUUCCGGUGGGAUUGCAGCAGGGUCGCUGGCAGCACAGUUAAUGUCGGCUGCCGCAGUUGCCAAUGGAGGGACCGUGGCUGCAGGGUCGGCUGUGGCUGUCCUUCAGUCUGUGGGGGCUGCAGGUCUGGGACUCACUGGGGCUGCCACUGUAGGGACAACUGCGGCCGGGGCUACGUUCUUGGGUACAACUGCCGUGGAGAAACUUACUGAAAAGGACAAGUGAAGCUAAAUUCAGACACAAUAUAAUCACUUAAAUGAUUGUGUUAAUUAUAAUGAUGUAAACUAAAAACAGAUUAUUUAGUAAACAGAAUUGAACAUUAAACGUUGAUGAAUUACUUAUAAUGCAUAUAGUUUCAAAUCAAUGAAAUAAGUUUUGAAAUCAAUUUCAUACAUAAACCAAAGUGGAAACACAAUUUAUCACACAAUGUAUUUGUGUAUUAAAGGGGCAUCACGCUGAAGUAAC